GUUACGUUAGUAGCGGUUUUGAUUUCAAUACGUUCGUUUAAAGCGGCGUUAGAAAAAACUCACUAGCGCGUGUAUUAUUAUUUUUUUUAUUAAGAAUAAACUGUGUGUAUUUUUGAAAGAAAAAAACCUUAGAAAUUAAAAUUAUGAAAUAAAAAAAAAUAUUUGCAAAAAUUAUAAAAUACCCAAAAAAAUUAACCACAAAAUUUAUAAGAUUGCAAUUUUGUUUGAAAGAAAGAAAGAAAAAAAAAUACAACGACAACAGCAAGUAACUAAAUGUGAUAAGCUUAAUUAUUUUGCAAAAACAAAAAUACCUUCAUACAUACAAUAAAUAUUUUUAUACCUUUAUCGCCGGUCGCGUCUUUAGAUUUUGGUGAAUUAUUCAUUCAUUCAAUCAUACGUUGUUUGCUUUAAAAAAAAAAUUGUUGUUUCUUCUUUAUUAUUUUUUUUGAAAAUUUCAUUUCGUUAACUAUUUAUUUUUGUGCAAUUUAUUUGUUAUUUUGUGUGUUUGUGCAAUAAUUUAUUUUAACUUUCGAAAAGUAAUUAACAAAGUUAGUUUGUUUUUCGCACAGCAAUUUUUCACGAAACAUACAUACGUUAAAAUUAAAGCUUAAUUUGGAUUUGGAUUAAUUAAAUUAUAACAAAAAGCUUGGAAGACAAUAGCAAAACCACUUACAACUUGAAUUAUAUUGUAUUGAAUCCCCACCCAUACAAAAUUCAAAUAAAAACAUCUACAAACAAAUACAUAAAAAUAACUUAAAUAACAAAUACCAAAGUUAAAACAAUCUAUAAGAUUUUAACAUACGAUUUUGGAAAGAAUUUUCAAAACUUGUUGCUGCAAAACCAAACAAACAACAACAAAAUAUGUAGAAAUACAAAAUAAAUAAUUGAAAAAAAUAAUAAUAUUUUAGUUUAUUGCAAAAAAAUUUAAAAAAAAAUGAUUUAACAUGCAAUACAAUUAAAUCAAAGUAAAGUAAAGUUUUGGAAACAAAAUCACAAAAUAGCGUGCCUUCAUAUACAACAUAAAAAAUUUAUAUCAAAAAAAGAAAAAAAAGUUUAAAAUACUUGCUAGUGAAUACAAUUAAUAAGAAAAAAGUGGAAAAUUAUUGCAAAAAAAAAAAAGAAAAUAAAUUUUGCUAAAAUGCCAAAAAAUUAAAAUAAAAUUAUAAAUGCCAGCUGGUACCACAAAAAUAUAAAAAAGAAGUGAUUCAAUGGUUUAAAAAAAAUCAAGAAAUACCGCCAAUAAUUGAACGAUUUUCCAUAAAACGUUACUUUAAAAAACAGUCAGUCCAUCAUUAACUAAGCCAGAGCAACAGGAGACGACGACUCCUCUACAUGUAACACGCCGACUAUGUUGUAUGAGGUGGGGCCUAGAUAUUGUAAGAGUAUUAAGAUGUUAUUGCCUGGAUUGCAUGUUUUAAACAGUUUCUAUGCCCAUUGAUUUUUAUAUAUGCAUAAAAUUUUUAUAAUUUAAUUAUAUGUAUUUUUACUGUUGCUGCUUCUGCUACACUAGAGUUAAAAUCAUUUAAUUAAAAGCAACAAUAACAAAAGAAAAGUUUAACUAAAACAAAAAAAUAAAAAUUAAAGCAAAAAUUAUCAUAAUCCAUUAUGGAUGCCUCCGAAGUUUUGUAUUCAACGCCAGCAAUUGCUGCAACGAAUGCAUUGUCAACUGAAAUGUCAUUAACACCCACAACACAAACUCAGCAGCUACAGCAACAGCUACAACAUCAACCAACGCCACUAUCACCAUUAGCAACAGCUACAGCACCAACAACACCGAGGACAACCACUCAUACGCCAAGAGAAAUACCAACCAUGUACAUUUUGGAUCAGAUGUAUGACGAUUAUAUGGAUCAAUGCAACGGCAACAAUAUUACCACGCCCACUGAGGUACCCGAUACGACUGCCAGCCUGGAGCUGGUAGCAUGUCCCAUAUGUGCGCGAACCUUUAAUCCGGUAACUUUGAGGAAACAUGUGGGCAUUUGUGAAAAAAUGACUACAAAAAAACGUAACAUUUUCGAUUCAUCACGGCAGAGACGUGAGGGUACCGAUUUGGCCACAUAUCCAUUGCCCAAGAAUUUUGGUUUACCGGAAAAAGCCACAUCGAGUACAUCGAUAGCACAGGCUAGAAACGAAAGGGGACAAUCACCAAAGCCAGCUGUACAACAGGUCUCCUCUCCCAUUUUGACACGCAAAAAACCAGCGGAAGAUUUGAUAAGAUCCACAGCUCGUGCUUCUAUGCGUAAAGCUGUAUCCUCUAACAAUACUACUCCCACGGCGACAGCUGCAGCCACCAACUCCUCCAACGUUACGCCUUCCAGUAACUUUAAUCGUGAUCGUAUGCGUUCUUCAGAACGUUCUUUGACUAGAAGUCGGGGUAUUCAGCCAUUACCUGCCGAACAGUGUCCCCAUUGUGAAAGAUGUUUUGGCAUUAAGGCCUAUGAUCGUCAUGUGGAAUGGUGCAAGGAGAAGGCUAUACAGGCGGCCAUAAAACAUGGCGGUUCUAAGAAUGAUGGCAGUGUGGCCAAGGCCCGUUUGGAGGCUCGUACUAAAUAUAGAGCUCCCUGUUUGAAAACCAAACGUUCUCUGAACCGUGAAAAGUAUUCCGGUAUAGCUGGCGAAGAACAUGAAAUGGAAGACACAUCCAAAUGUUCGAAAACCAAUGGCAACAAAACCCAAGAGAAUAGCUUAAUGUCUAUGUCCAUGACCUCUUCCAUGUGUAGCGAAAGUGGUUUGCCUGACAACUAUGAUCCAUUUUUGUCGGCCAAACGACAGCUCGAGGAGCUAUGUUCUCCCACAUCCGACACGGUCGAUAUACCAACAACACCCCAAACACCACAACUGCCCAGUUUUCCGGCCACACCAAAUACUAGUAGCAACAAUAAAAUGACUACAUCACUUAUACUCAGCUCUUCAACACCAAAUACAACGCCCAAUCUAAUGACUACAUCACAAAUACCCCAGCAGACCCAAAAAACUACUCCCACACUAGCGAGAUCUUCCAGCUUUAGGCGCACAUCAUCUCUAAGGGGACCUCGACGAUCGCCCAUGUUAUCGGCUCGUCCUCCGUUAUUUGCACAAAAACAUCGUCCCACCAUACAGCGUGGUCUAUCGGAUGAAGGACCCAUUUCCACCAAUUUCCUUAAGCCCGAGGAAUAUGAUGAAAUGCCCGUAAGAUCGGUGUGUGUCAAUGAUUUUGCUGCUAACAAAAGUCCUAGGGUGGUAAGAAGAGACACUUCCACUUCGAAUCGUAAACAGCCCCUGAAGUUGAACAUAAAUGCGGCCAAUGCCCAGAGCUCUAGUGCCUCAGCAUCGCCAAAUGUUGUGCAACCGGAAGUGGUAAGCCACAAUACCGCCUCUAAAUAUGUCUCGAAAACUGAUUCUUUGGCGGUAUUUUUAAAAUAUGAACAUGAAUUGGAAAAGCUAAACCAAAUUGCUUCAGAAAAUGAGCAUAAAAUGGAGAAUUUAUUGGAAGUAAAGACACCCUCUACGGCUUCCACAAUAACUACAACGCCGGUCACCAAUCUGGAUGGCCCCUUAAAUGCCAAGGAACUCAAGGACAAAAGCAAUAAUUUGAGUAAACAAAAUUCAGCUAAAAAUAUUAAGGCCGAUAUUUUAGCGGCAAGCGAAAGUAAUGAGAAUUAUGACAUUAAUCAGCAGCAUACAACAAGUGAUUUGGAUUCAAGCAAAUAUGGACAAGUUCGUUUGGCUCCUUUGGCCACAAAACCCUCGACACCUUUAACCAAGCCCAAUACACCCCAACUACAGCAGCAGCAACAGUCUAUACCAACACAAUUAACACCUUUAAAUGUUAAAAAUUCUGUACAACAAAAUCAAGAGCAUAAAGCACCCAAAUCUCCUAAACCAGUGGCCUUAAGUUCGAUAUUUGGUGGUGGUGUUGAUAAUAAAACCACAAAACAAGCUUCUCUUUUAUACUCAGAACGUAAAAAUGCUAUGGGUUCCGAAUAUAUAGAUCCCAAGCUGAUAAAUAAAUGUGAUAAUCUUCCAAUUAAUGUUAAUCUGAAACGUACAGACUUUAAACAUUCAGAUUCUGAUACUUCCGAACCACGUAUGGAACACUUUUCUUCCUCGUCAUCAGAAUCUUCGGCACCGUCGAAAAAACCCACUAGUCUAGCAACACAUGCUAAAUUUUUGCCCACGGUAAAGCAACAAUCACCACAGCAACCAGAACAAACCAAUAAUUUAAAUAUAAAUCAAAAUCAAAAUCAUCUACCAACAUCGGUAACAAAUAGUCAACGUAACUCGGCAGAGGGACGUAAUCUGUUGAAGCGACGCAUGCGUUUGGGUCGUAAUCAAUUUCUAUAUGAUGCCUCACCAGAGGGUGACUCCUGUUCGGCUGACGAUGAGGGCGCCAAUCGUUCCUCCAUGGAGGGUGAUGCCAUGCAUCAUCACAAUCUCUUGAGAGAACAAGAAAAGGCCUUUGAACGUUUAGGCUCAUCAGUGCAAGUGAAUCCAAUCGAGGCACCAUUUAUACCACCCUUGCCGGCCUUUGAUGAUUUUGAUUUCGAGGAAUUUCUAUCAUCAUUUGAAAAUGAUGAAGAGCAAUUUCCUCUCUUCAAAGAUUGUAGAGAAUUUCUAAUGAAUCGCACAUCGAAGAAACAAAGAUCGAUGUUAUUGCCGAAUUCUACAGCACAAAACACUAACAACAACAACAACAACAGCACUCACAACAACUCUACGAAUUUCAAAAAAUCCUCCUCCCCACAAACAUUCCCACCCCUAACGCCUCAAUCACAAUCACACUCUACCACCGGCGGGCAACACUUUCAAUUUCCCUCACUGCCUCAGCAUCCAAAAAAUCUUUUCAAUUCCUUUUCCCUCAACACCAGGUCCAGAAAUAAAUACGAUGAACUAACCGCCACCAAAUCAACGGAUACAUUUUGUCUAAACUCAAACACAGAAGAUUUCAAGGAGCUUGAUAACCACAGUAUCAAUCAAAAGCGUGAGAUCUUUAUCAGCAUAGAAACCGAACAAAAUGAUUUGGAUAAAUCACCCAUUUCACCCAACUCCAUACGCAACAUUGUGGGCAAUCCCCAGACCGUUGUAGAAGUGGAGGUGGAUGCCGCCCACGACAAUAAGUUUAGUAAAAUAUCAGACGAUGAUGAUGCGGAUACUUCGCAGAAUUUGUGCAGAUCGAAAAACUUUUCCGGUCAUUUGAUGGCCGAACGUUUGCCCAAUGUUCAGCUGAAUAAUGCCAAAAAUUUGAUACAAAAAAUGCAAGAAGAUUUUCGGCAAAUGGGCGAUGAAAUGAGCGGCAAUCUAAGGCUGACAAUGGAGCAUAGAACUACUGCACCGCUUGAUGUGAAUAUGAAUACAAACUCCACUAUGCCCUCAUCAGCACGCAAUAUGGUGAAAAUGAAUCGGGCAGCUGGCACUCCAAGUGGAGAUGCCUAUGGCGACUCGGAUGAACUAAGCAGUCUGGAUGGUUAUCCCUUGUCUUCGCCGAAUUCACGUUUGGGUGUUAGUUCGAAAACCAGUGCAGACUCGGCGUAUGGAAGUCUCUCACGUCAACGUUCUUCGGAACUAACAUCCCAGCGCAGCUCUAGUCGCAGUCGACCCAUGGCCUCCAACACAGCUAAUACACUGCUAAAUCGACCCCUUACAGAAGAAUCGUCCCUGGGACGUUCAAGACAAUUAAGUGCCUCGUCGAGUAGCAGUUCUGAGCAUGCUUUGCCACCCAUCACAAGCAGCAAUAGUUUUCACAAGCUACAACAACAACAGCAGCAGCAACAACAACAUCUCUACAAUAAUAACAACAACAACAACAACAUUGCCAACGAUUUAGAUGAACUGAUGCGCUAUGAACGUAGCGGCAGCAACACUAAUACUAACAACAAUUACGAUAUACAGCCCACACAUGCAUUAUUGACGGGAGCAGCAAAUUCUCACUCAAAUCUGGAGUCAUUGCAACAGUACCCGUCUAACUCCACCAUGAGCUCAAGUAUGAAAGUAUCAAAAUUCUGUCAUGAAUGUGGCAGUAAAUUUCUACUCGAACAAGCUAAAUUUUGUAUGGAUUGUGGUGUUAAACGUAUAGUAUUGUAGUCAGUUUUACUUUAAUAAAAAUAAUAAUAAUCAACAUCAUUGUCAUUUGUUUAACUAAGCAGUCAGUGUAAGCUUAAUUAAACACUUUGUAACUGCAUAUAGUUUUGCAUAAAUUCAAAUUGUAGAUUAUUUUUUUUGUAGAUUGUGAACUACUACUAAAUACUACUAUUAGUGGUUAAGUUUGUUUUUUUUUAAAUUAAUAUUUAACAAUACAUUUUUUUAUAUAUAUUUUCUAAUACUGACUUUAUAUACAUACAAUACAUAUUUAGUUUAAUAAAUCAUAUUUACUAUAUAAUAUUAAUCAUAAUUAUAUUUUAACAAAUUUCUCAAAAGAACAAUAAAUAACGAUCACAAAUUUAAUAAGGAAGAAAAACCAAACCAAACGAAUACUAAAAAAUAAAAAUUGUAUCAAAAAUUUACGAACAAAUAUUAAAUAUGAAAACGAUAAAUUAUUUAUUUAAACUUUUUUUAAUAUUAAAUUUUUAUCUCGCUCUCUUUAAUUCAACAGAUAUUGAUUAGAAUAUAACGAUAAUGUUAGUAUAUAUACAACACUGUAAUUAUAGCAAGAAGUCCUUUAGAUAUUUUAUACCCUACAUAGAUCGAAAACUCUCCUAUCAAAUUCCUAACUCAGUUGCCAAAAACCUAAGUGCUUAGAAUGUAUUAUUACGCGUGUGCUGAUGUUUGUAACGCCCAAAAAUAUUAGUCGAACGCCCACCUAAAAGUAUAACGAUCGACUCAGAAUCACUUUCUAAUAGAGAUGGGUUGUUCAUGAACGAACAAGAACAAUUCAGUCAAGUGAAUAGUGUGAAGUUGUUCAAUCUUAGUGUUCUUUUUAUUCGUUUGAUAUUACUGUAGAUCAUUGGUCUCCAGCAGUACGCCCGCGGGCACCGACUAUGUGUGAGUUUCUUAUAUAUGUGAAACCGAAAUUAAAAAACGAAUAUGAGUUAUUUUACAAGCGUUGCCAAUGAAGGAUAUUUUCAUAAGAAAUUUGGUUCAGUGUACACACAUCGUAACAAUAGAAUACGAAGCAAAUCUAUUUUUGUGAGAGUUUGGUUAACAAUGAUGUAGAUGUUUGAAAUUUAUAUUUUGGAAAACUUAUUUAAAUGGCAUUUAAGUAGCUUGAAUUUUAUUAAAUCAGCUUUUAGUUUUCUUCAUUAUUAUAAAUCCAGUUGAAUUUAUUUUCAAAUGCAAUUGUCACCAGUUCGUUUGCACACUAUCUACAAAAACAUUUACAAAGAAAUCAUUCAAUCACUUAGUUCAGUCAAACAUCGCAGAAUCAAUAUGACCAACUGCAUAAAUAGAACAAUCUUGUUCAUUUAUUUGUUCUGAAUAGAAAUUAAUAAUCAGUUAAAAGAACGAUUAUGCAUUACUCUACUUUCUAAGCCGACUAAACGAUGUCCAUCCGUCCUUCUGUCUGGCUAUAUGUCCAUGUAACCUUGUCCGCGCCUGCUGUAAUUUAUUAUAUGGUCGUUUUAUUUUAUUUUUUAAUAAAUAUUUUUUCGAAAUCUUCAGUUUAGUAACUAGUUCUAGAGAAGUUUUACGAUGCAAACACACAGUCAAAGAUACAGUUUUGAUACUUUUAAAGACAGAGCCAAGAUGAGGAAUAUUUAAUUUGUAACGGCAAUAUUGUAUCAUUAACUUAGAGAAGGCACAAUUUUAAAUUAAACAGAUUCUCACAUCGAAUUGUGACAGGUUUGAUACUUAAAAAGAAAGGGUCAAGGUAAGGACUAUUGAACCUGUAUCCCCUUCGACAAUAAUGUAUCAUUAACCUAACGAAGGCGAUUAUCCCUCUGACUCUCAUCUUCGGCAGAUAAUUCGAGAUUUGUGCUUAAUGUUUCUUGCGAAGGAACUUUAUUAUCUUCAUAUUUUGUUAUUUUAUUCAGGAGCUGUAUUUAAAGACAAGUCUAAAGAGCUAAAUUACAGGAAAUUGAUCUAAAUAAAUAUUUGUUUAAUGUUUCAAGCAAAUUAAGAACAUGAGCGGAGUAGGACAUAUUAAAUCAACUAAUUCCGUGAGUAUAAUCCAUUAUUUAGUUUCAUUUAUCGAUACCUAAAAAUUUAUGUUUUCGAUCAGAGUAACCUCAAGUUCUAAAUUAAUUUGUAUUCAAAAUUAAUUAACCGUAAUAAAUUUGCAUGUUUUACUGAUUUCUUUAUUUUAUUUAAGUUCAAAUUAAAUAAAACUUAGCACCUUAUUCAGAAACAAAUACAGAAAAUUGUUUUUAAAAUUUCUUUCUGAUAAGUAUUCAAAAAAAAAUUUAAAAGUUAAGUUACUUUCAUACAGAGCUUCGAAUUAAUUCAUAAUGGAAUUAACAUAACUGAAUUAAAAUAGUUGUUCUUUAUUAAAUUUGUUAUUGCUUUAUUUUUAAUGAUUUACAAAAUGAAUGAAAAAAAUUGACUAGACCUUAGUUUAAUGUAAUUGAUUUGAAUUGAGGAAAAUUGAAGCUAUUUUGUAAUGGAUUUGAAUUAAAGAAAACAUGAAUGAUUCAAUAAAGAAUGAAUUCUUAAAGGUAUGAAUUCAAUACGUAGGGAGUUCUAAGGAAUUAAGACAAAGAAUUAAUUCGUGCUUGAUGGCUUUUAAUGGAAAUGUUUAUAGGACAUUCGAAAAUUUAAUUUGAUGUUGAAUAUUCAAUUAAGAAUAAAUUAUAUCGAACAUUUGCUUUCUUUUGCGAACUUUUUACAACAAAAUUUCCAUUCGUGUUUCAGAAUUGAUUAGGUUUCAUGGGCAGCCACUUAUCAAGCAGCUCAAUUGGGUCCGUUCAAAACAGAUACCAUUGUAACUAGAUUCUCUGAUGAAGGUAUGCAUACUUCUCAGAUUCAUCAGAAUAAGAACGUUAAUAUUUGUUUGAGAACUUCUUAAUAUAAUAUCAGUGUUGCAUUUUUCAGACAUUAUCGUGUAAACUAUUACAACAUGUAACAUUUUAGAAACAAGUUUAAGUGCUUGAGAAAUUAUAGCGUUUUAAAUUGGUAACAAAUGUAAUUUCAUAUCAAAAUUUAAAGAAAUUUGAGAAAAUACAUUUAUAUUUAAAGAGAAUGGAACAUUCUCAAACAUUUAAGGUUUGAGAAAGGCUUUGUUCAAUUCAUUUUCAAUGUUAUAACAAAUCUGUCUGCUGGAAUGUUUCAUGUAUAAAACUGUUAACUUUUGAUUUAAUUUAUUUUUUAAUAUACAAUAAAUACUAUGCCUUAUUUAAAUAAUAAAUACAAUUAAUUUAAUAUUAAAAGUCUUGCUAGCAAAAAGGUCUAAGUGUAAUUUAAAAAAAAAAUUAUAUUUGAAAGCCUUCUCCAAAACAUCUCUACUAAUUCCAAAGUUAUCACACCUGAUCACGAGCAAAUUUCUAUGGCUUUCAUAAAAAAAACUAAUUUUCGGUUCAACUGAAAUAUUGUUAAAAAAAACCUUUUUGUUGACUUUUUCAAGGCGAAGAUAUAUUUAACGAUUUACUAACUUAUAAAAUAGAAAAAAAAAAACUCACAACUAAACCAAAUUUAUUAUAUAGAAUACAUUUCUUUUAAUAUUAAAUUUAUUAUUCUAAUAUAGAUACAAUCAUAUACAUAAUUUUCUAAUUUAUCAUUUAAAACCAGAGUUAAUAUACAUAUAAAUAUAUAAAUAUUUAAUAACAAAUAAAUAGCUAUAAUAAAAAACAAUAUAUUCAUAAUAAACAAUUGUCACAAUGGCCGGCUUUAAAAAUUUAACCAUUAUAAAUAAAUAUUGUAGUUUUUCAAACAUGCAAUUAAAAAUAUUUAAUAUUUUUUUAAUAAAAAUAAAAGUAUUCCUUACCAAAAACAAUAAA